AUGUGGCACGGGGAGUCUCUGCCGGGGAAGCCUGGAAUCACCAGGGCACAUGCUCCUCCCCUGCAGCAGGGCUCCCCCGCCGACUCCCUGGGUCGCCUUCACCGGAGGCAAAAUACCUGCUCGCGAAAAGAUCAGAAGGGAGAUGACUCUAAUAUGGAAGACCUGAAUUUCUGGAAGACUUUGCCUUCAUCAAGUCAGAGAAAGACACCUAGAUCAAAAGUUUUUGCAAAUGAGGUUAACUCAGAGAAGGGAAAAUUCUCUCUUCAGGAUCUCCAACAUAGUGACUAUGAAGAUUUUUUUAAAGAGCCUACAAAAAGUGAGAGUGAACGUAGUAUAUGGACAGCCAGUGGAUCCUUCCUAAGAGACAAGUGGAGCAGUGAGGAUGAGCUGGCAGGGCCAUCCCAGACUGUUUCUCCUCAUCUGCAUGACAGUAUACAAAUUGUUUCUGAAAGGGAGUUAGCUCAGUUGGCUCAGGUUCAGCCAUUAAUAUUCAGUUUUCAUGAGAAAUCAGCUAUCAAGGAUUGUUUUAAAAUGCUUCAGAAAAAAGUAGAAGAACAUGAAAUCAUCCAGGAAUUUAUGGCUUUAGAAUAUAAGAAUCUGCCUUGUGAAUACAACUCUGGCAAUGAACGAUGCAACAGAGACAAAAACAGAUAUCAAGAUAUUCUUCCAUAUGAUUCAACACGUGUUCCUCUUGGAGAAAACAAGGACUACAUUAAUGCCAGUUAUAUUAAAAUAACCAAUUCUGGAGAAGAAUAUUUUUAUAUCGCUACCCAAGGACCACUGCCAGAUACCACAGAUGACUUUUGGCAAAUGGUUUUGGAAAAUAACUCUAAUGUUAUUGUCAUGAUAACCAGAGAGAUAGAAGAUGGAAUUACCAAAUGCCACCGUUACUGGCCCAUUUCCAAUAAGAAGCCUUUGGAAUUGAAAAACUGUCAAAUCUUCCUGGAGAACUACCAGAUACUUCAAUAUUUCAUCAUUCGAAUACUUAAAGUUGUGAGGAAGUCUACAGGAACGAGUCACUUUGUAAAACAGUUGCAGUUCACCAACUGGCCAGACCAUGGCACUCCUGCCUCAGUAGAUGGUUUUAUCAAAUAUGUUCGUUUUGUGAGGAAGAGUCACCUUACAGGACCCAUCAUUGUUCACUGCAGUGCUGGUGUGGGCCGGACGGGGGUGUUCCUAUGUGUGGAUGUUGUGUUCUGUGCCAUUGAAAAGAACUUUUCAUUCAACAUCAGAAAUAUAGUGGCCCAAAUGAGAGAACAGCGUUAUGGCAUGAUUCAAACAAAGGAGCAGUAUUACUUUUGUUAUAAAACUGUACUUGAAGUUCUUCAGAAGCUUGUGACUUUCCAUUAA